AAUCCAGGUUGGAUACACCACGCUGUCACCCUGCACGCCGAUUGCAGCACAUGUUUGACUGUUGGAUUCCAGUAUGGCAAGCGUCUCGUUGGGGUAGAGUCCGAUUCGAAGACGGCGACGGCGAUCUUUGAGGAUGGCACCCGCGCGACAGGAAGACUGUUGAUCGGGACCGAGGGAGCCCAUUCGCGGGUCCGUGAAUAUCUCCUGGGUGAGAAGGGAGCAUUGCACCCGUCGCCUAUAGUCGCCACCGCGACCGUCAUGCGUCUACCGGAAGAUGUCGUUCGGAGUGUGAGAGAACUUCAUCCGCGAUACUGCAUUGCUUUUCAUCCGGAUGGCUACUUCAUGUGGCUCGGGAGUAAGUCCACUGUGUUCUUCUCAGGAUUGAUGUAA